AUGAUGAUAAACAACAGAAAAAAAUAUUUAUCCUAUGAUAUUAGAUUAACUAAAUUUGAUGUAGAUACUAAUUAACAAGAAUAUUAGAAUUUAAAUUAUACAAAUUCCACUGGAAAAUAUACAUUUCCUAUACAAAAUAUAAGUGAAGUGGAAUUGAAUCUAAAUGUUACAAUUAAUAAAGUAUUUAAUCAUUUAAUAUUUUUAGAAUGAUUAUUAUGAUUUAGAACAUGUUAUGGUUAAAGAAGAUGAAAUACUUAAUGAUAUGAAAUACUAAUUAAUAGUACAUUCAGAAAAUUAAACUCUUGUACUCAAUGAAACACAUUCAACUUCAUUAAAAUGUAGAUUUAAGAGUUAAUAAAUCUAAUGUAAUGGCUAUUUAGAAUCAAUCAUUAAUAAUGGUUAUAAGGAACUUCAAUUUCAAUUACUAAUCUUCCAUCAUAAUGCAUUAGCUAUUCAUUCACAAACUUUGACUUUGCUAUAUGAAAAUAAUCAAUACUAUACUAUGAUUUUAAUUUUUUAAGUAAAUUUAUAUUAUAUUAAUAUAUUAUAGGUUCUUUUUCUAUUUUUGAUAAUAUAUGGCAUUUAUUAUUUCUUUAGCAAUUUGAGUGAUUAUCCAAAAUAAAUUUGGCCAAAAAUGUAUUUACUUCUAUAUAAUUAGACAUUAAUGGCUAUUGAUUUUAUUAAUAGGAAUGGUUCUUUAUAAUUUUCCAAUCCUACUAAUUAGAAAUCAUUUUGGCUAAUUUGUUCACUAUUAUUAGAAUUUAGUAGAAUUAUUCAUUUAAUCAGGAUUAUUUUAUUUUUGGCUAUAAAUAUUUGAAUUAGAAUAAACAUAAUCUUCUGAUGAUGAUGGAUAAAUCAAUUAAAAAUAAUUCAGUAUUUGGAAUGUGUUAAAAUUGCUAUUAGUUAUUUUAUAUACAGUUCCAUAAGCAUUAAUGGAUACAUUUAUAUUUAUAAUGCAAGAAGAAUUAAUGUAAUAUGAUCCUAGAGUUGAAAUUCCAUUUUAUAAUACUUACUUGAAAUUUGUAAUUUUAAGUUUAAUAGGAUAUUCUGUAUGUUAUGUAUUUCUUUUAUUCAAAUCUUUUAAUCGAAAAGAGUAAGCAAUCUUAAUAACUGAACCUCGAAUUAAUGAGAAUGAGAAAUAACAUGAUCCAUUUUAUGAAGGUUAAUAAAUAAAAGAAUCAGAGGGUUAAGGAGAGAUUAGAAAUUAUAAAUUACUGCAUGUUUUAUCUACUAUUUGUUUUUCUGCCUUAGUUUAUUAUCAAUUAGUGACAAUAUUGGAACCAAUUGUAUUAACUAGUUCUAGUACUAUUAAUGAAUGGGCAUUAAUAAAUAUAUAUUUAUGUAUGAUUGUACAAUUAUAUAUGCCUUACAAUCAACCAUUUGAAGAUGAAUAACAAUAAUAAAUGUAUGGAGAUGUAGAAAUGGAUGAUUAUAAUAUGUAAUAAUAAUAAUUAUUUAUUAUUUUAGUAAGAGUACUAGAGUAAAACAUAAAAAUUUAGCCAAUAAGAAAUUUUAUACAAAGUAAAAAGAUGAACAGAUAAGUUAAGAAGAUAAUAUUCUAAUAUGA